CCCGCCUCCUCUCCUCCUUCCCGUCUCUCCUCAGCACGCAAGCAUUUGGCCAUCCCAGCCCCUCUAAGGGAUCCCGGCUGGCUGGGUUGGGAGCCAGCGCCGCGCCGCCCAGCUUAGGGACAGGGGAUCCCGUGUGUUCCUUCACUCGCUCUGGAGCUCUAGCAGGUUCAUGUUGGGAAAGGGUUUGAAACGCAAGCUGAGUGAUUAUGAAGAGAACAUGGCUGGUGUGUCAAGUGCCUUUGAUUCCAGUCGAAACCUGCCAUACCCACUCAAGCGUCAGUUGGUGCUCAAUGUUUGCCUUGCCAAGUUACAGACAUAUAAGAUGCUGGUGGAACCAAAUCUACAUCGUUCUGUGCUUAUAGCCAAUACUGUCAGACAAAUCCAAGAGGAGAUGAGGCAAGAAACUAGCCAACAGCCUGUUAACAUGUGCGGUGGUUUAAGUACCACCCCUUCCAAUUACCUAGGUUUUGAUUUGUUUGGAAUGCCUUCACACUUUUUGCCUGGAAUUAGUCAACAGGAAUCAUAUGGUUAUGAACCACGGUCUAUAGAAAGUCCAAUUGAAAAUAGCUUGUUGAUGGUUUCAGAUAAUGACAUGUCAUCAGCCAUUUCCUCUAUUCUAAAAGAUUUGGACUUCAUGGAAGAUGUGAGUCCACCUACUUACUUGGCUGGAUCAGGAGAUGAUCAGUUCAAGACUUCAGAAAUGCCAGUUCUUAAAUUAGAAGAAGAUAGACAAGACUUAAAAGGAGUAGAAUGUGCUUUUGGUUCCUUUGAAAUUUCAAAUUCAACUAGUUACUUGAAAGACUUGGCUAUUGAUGACAUAUUUGAAGAUAUUGACACUUCAAUGUACGAUUUUGACUUUGACUGCCCCUCACCAACUCCUCCGAGAACACUGUCUUUGGCAACAACAGAAGAGAUGUUGAAGACAUUCCCUUCUUGCAAUUCUUCCUCAGCAAGCAACAUCCCAAUAUGCAGAAGUGAUAUCACUGAUUUAGACCAUAUUAUGGAAAUUCUUGUAGGGUCUUGACACUUUUACAGUCCAAAGAUACUUUUUCCUAAGCUGCCAUACAGUGAUGGUUUGAAGAUAAGCCACAGAAGGGAGCGAACAUCAAAGUGUUAUGCCAAAAUGGCAGCUACAGUCAUUUUCUUUAAUGGUUCUCAAAACCUCCCUAAAAUUCAUAUAAACCAAAAAAAAAAAAUGACAGCCUGUUAUAUAAAAUGGAGUAUUUAUUAAAUCAAUUGUGCAAUCUUUUUAGCCCUUUUAGGACAUACAUGAGUAUAUCUCAUGUGUUUGUUUAUUCCUACAAAUCUAACUUUUUAAUGUGCAAUUUUUAAUCUGUGUGAAGGAUUUGCAGAACAGCAAUUUUCAUAAGAGGGGAAACAUCAUCUGAAGUCUAAAGAUUUAUUUUUAGUAUUAAAUUACAUUCUUUAUUGGCAUUCACUGGAGUUGCAUACUUGGGUUUGCAGCCUCAGUACAGUAUAUUUUUAAAAAUAUUUAAGGAACUACAGAUCUCUUCCCUUUUACUGAAAACUCUAGAAGUUUGGCAGCAAAAUCUCUUGCAUUUUGUAAAACAUUUAAAACUAUUUAUUUUUGUAAAUUUUAUAGUCUUUUUACAUUUUAUUACAAUGUUCUAGUUUGGAGAUGAAUUUCUGGUUGGAUGUGGCUGGCACUACCUCUGUUAGCAGAAAUGCUUUAGCUCUUUUCAGUGCUUUGUCUAACACUGCAGAUCUUUUAGUUUUCUUGGAUGAUAUUUCUGGUGGUAGAAGCAAAUGCAGCAAUUUGCUGAUUGGUUAAAUUUUAUGGUAUUUAAUUGUAAUUUAUAUGUAUAUUGUCCAAUUUUAGAACUUUGUCAGUAUUAUGUGCAUCAAUUUGAGGGUAAUACGGCUUUUUAAAAUUUAGUAUUUUCUGUAUAGUUAGAGCUGUUUUAAUUCUCUGAAACAGAAUUUUAGAUUUUAUGUGCAAUAUAUCAUUUAAACAGGCCACUUUUGCACAUCCUGUAUUAUAAGGAAAUACAUAAAAUCUAGGUGAUGGAAAUUCAUAAUACUGAUGGUAUCAGAAGUAGACCAUGCAAUUCAGUCUACUGGCAGCUCUGUGCAAGAUCUGUAAGAGUUGAAUAUGGCUUGCUUAAGCACCGCUCUGAUUUUGCACAUCUCCUUUUCUUAAAAUGGAACUUCAGUUGUCCAAAGUGCUCACAGUGUAUUGUAUCUUCUUAGUGGCAGUUUUUAUCUUGGUUUGGCCAAAUAAAGUUGUAAUUGAGUAGAAGCCCAGUAAAUCAUCCUGCCAUUAGAGACUUGGUAAUCUGCCUACAAGAAUUACACUUCAAAUUACAGAAAUAGUUUUUUUGUCACAUCCCAAGAUAGGUUUGCCAUUUGCACAUAAUAUGCUGAAGUGUAUGAUUGUGUAUGAAGCCUGCCCUAACCCAACUUUGGUGCCACUUGGCAGGCUGUUUCAGUGCUGGUGCCAUUUGGGGACAGCACUGUGUUGCCAAAAUGGUGACAUUUUGACCACAACCUCUACUGUCCCAUGGUCAUAGAAGUAGCACCUGCCUACUUCUUACUGAAUAUAUGUGGCUACUCUAUGUUCCUAUAGUGUAAUAUCGCAUCACUGAGGAGUCCAGUAAGUUUGAAACGGAUACAAUAAAGCACUCAUCAAGCAAGCAACACAAUAGGUGUAGGUAAGUAAAAAAAAAUGAUGGGAGAAACAGGGCGCAAAAACAUUACCAUUGUAUCUACUGGCACGUGGACUUUUAUAUGUGCAUCUAUCCACCUAUUCCUUAUUCAUUUUUUCCACUGAACAGAUGGAAUUGCAGCAUGAGCUGGAAGUUUGCUAGCUUUGGAAGCAAAACAUCCACACUUGGUUGUAUAUUCACAGUAUAUGUUUUUUGUUUAACAAGAAGGCAGCACAAAAAAAUUAAAUGAAGCCUGUCUUCAAGAACACUAAUAUUUAUAAGUAACUUUCUAGGAGGAUGGGAGGCACUUUUUAAAAUAGAACUGCAGAAUACACAUUGGCCAACCAUCUGAAUUGCAGUAGAAGCCACUUAUAGGAUGGCCAUUUUCUAAUGGUAACUUCUGGCCAUGGUGAUUGAAAGUCCUACCUAAAAGGUUGGACCCCCUUAAAAUAAUCUAUUGGGGCUGAUGUUUACCUUCCAUUUCCACCUACCAUUUUCCGUGGUAUUGGAGCCAAUCCACUACUCAACUUGAAAUGCAAUGUGAUGUGGGUCACCUGAUGUGGCUGCUGCAUUGAAUGUGUGUGGCAUUGCAUUUGGGGGAUGAAAGGGAGCUGUCUGGCACUGUUUGAAGCUGAAUGUACACUGUAAGAGAAGCAGACAUUCAUGGUGACAUACUAAUACCAGUUGCAGAAACAUCAGGAAAGCUGAUUAUCUGAUGCUGAGGGACUAUUCAGGCCUCAAAGACUGUAGCUUAGUGUAAAAACUAUUAACAAAGCAACUAAUGUUAGAAUAUGGUUGUGGCAUUGAUGAGGAUAGCGAUCCCAUGGAUACAUGAAGAAAAUAGGUUCAGGAUGGGACAGUGGCUAUUGCUUAGUAUUGUGUAUCUUGUUUUGCUAUCUCCUUUCAUUCUUUUCACUUUACCAUUCAAGGGGAAUCUUACAAGCAUCAGUGGAAUUUUAAGACUUUGCCAUACGUUUAAUCUUCAACAAGAAUCAAAUGCAAUCUUUUGUUGAAAACCUGUGAUUCUUUCAUUUAGUACUGGUCCUUUACCUUCCACCCAACUUGAGUCAUGACUGAGCUGGAUUCCACAAACUAAUCCCAAGUCAAUCCAGUUUUAUUUGCUUAAUGCAUACUUUGGCAGUUGAAAUGUAUUUAUAUGCCUAAGAGAUUUGCAGUUACAUCUAAAUUAUAGUAGACCCUUUUGCAAAAUAUUGUCUAUCCUUGAUGUAAAAAGGAUUAGGUGAAAAGAAUGUAUACAGUUCGUGCAUAAUGCUUCUUUUGUAUAUAGCAAAAUGAAUCUCAAAAAUGGUAAGGGCCUUCUGCACUGUGAUAAAGCAGACUAGUGGUUAAAAGAAUAUUUUUUAAAAUUCCCUUAAUAAAUAUUUGAAUCUAA